UUAACCCUUUCUUCUCUCCCUUUGUCUCAAGUUUGGAAGUUGAAAGGUGGGAGAGAUACAAAGUGUUCAUUGAUUUAAACCCUUGCUAGAACCCUUGACACAGGUGUUUCUUGAUUUGUUGAAAGGUAAAGCAAGCAAAUAAAGUAUCAAUGAACAACAACUGGCUUUCGUUCCCUCUUUCUCCUACUCAUUCUUCCUUACCAGCUCAUGAUCUUCAAGCCACUCAAUACCAUCAAUUUUCUCUUGGUUUGGUGAAUGAGAACAUGGAAAACCCUUUCCAAAAUCAUGAUUGGAAUCUGAUUAACAGUCAUAGCAGCAACGAAGUUCCAAAAGUGGCUGAUUUUCUUGGAGUGAGCAAGUCUGAAAAUCAGUCAGACCUUGCUGCUUUAAACGAAAUUCAGUCAAAUGAUUCAGAUUAUCUGUUCACGAACAACAGUCUCGUGCCUAUGCAAAACCCAGUGGUGGACACACCUAGCAAUGACUAUCAAGAAAAUGGUAAUAGUAAUUUGCAAUCGUUGACACUUUCCAUGGGAAGUGGAAAGGAUUCAACAUGCGAAACCAGUGGUGAAAAUAGUACAAACACUGUUGAAGCUGCACCUAGAAGAACUUUGGAUACAUUCGGCCAGAGAACAUCAAUUUAUCGUGGUGUAACACGACAUAGAUGGACUGGAAGGUAUGAAGCUCACCUCUGGGAUAAUAGCUGUAGAAGGGAAGGACAAUCAAGAAAGGGUCGCCAAGUUUAUUUGGGUGGAUAUGAUAAAGAAGAGAAAGCAGCUAGGGCUUAUGAUUUGGCUGCACUGAAGUAUUGGGGAACAUCCACCACUACCAACUUUCCUAUUAGCAACUAUGAGAAGGAAUUGGAUGAAAUGAAACACAUGACGAGACAGGAAUUUGUUGCCGCCAUUAGAAGGAAAAGCAGUGGUUUCUCCAGGGGUGCAUCAAUGUAUCGCGGAGUUACAAGGCAUCACCAACACGGGAGAUGGCAGGCGAGGAUUGGCAGGGUCGCAGGAAACAAAGAUCUUUACUUAGGAACUUUCAGUACUGAGGAAGAGGCUGCAGAAGCAUACGACAUAGCAGCCAUAAAGUUCAGAGGUUUGAACGCUGUGACCAACUUUGACAUGAGUCGUUACGACGUGAAAGCCAUUCUCGAAAGCAACACUCUCCCAAUAGGAGGAGGCGCUGCAAAACGGUUGAAGGAAGCUCAAGCUCUAGAGUCUUCGAGGAAACGUGAAGAGAUGAUAGCACUUGGUUCAUCCACGUUUCAAUACGGAACCUCAAGCUCUAGCAGGCUCCACCACGCGUACCCUCUAAUGCAGCAUCACCAGUUCGAGCAACCUCAGCCUCUGCUAACUCUCCAAAACCACGACAUAGGUUCUCACUUCUCUCACCAAGACCCUUCGUCGCUGCACCAGGGUUACAUCCAAACGCAGCUUCAGUUGCACCAGCAGAGUGGCGUUUCGUCUUACCUUCAGAACAACGCUCAGCUCUACAACGGUUACCUUCAGAACCACCCUGCGUUGCUUCAGGGAAUGAUGAACAUUGGCUCUUCUUCUUCUUCUUCAUCUGUGUUGGAUAAUAAUAAUAAUAGUAACAAUAAUAAUAGUAAUGUUGGUGGGUUUGUGAAUGGAUUUGGUAUGGCUUCGAAUAAUGCUGCGUCGGGGAACGCCGUGGGGACGGCGGAGGAGCUAGGGUUGGUGAAGGUUGACUAUGACAUGCCCGCCGGAGGCUACGGUGGUUGGUCGGCGGCGGCGGCGGAGUCCAUGCAGACGUCAAAUGGUGGGGUGUUCACAAUGUGGAAUGAGUGAGGAGGGUAGUUCUAGUGUGUAUGGGACAACGAGUCGCCAUACAAUUUUGUUAUGCUUUUUGCUUUUUUUUUAUUUGAUUAUCUUUGGGUUUAAUAUUCUCGCAAUUGGAAAAAAAAUAGGUGCUGAUUUUCUGUAAGACAUUGACCACUCAGUAAGUGAGCAAAGACCAUAUAUCUAAUAUUUAUGUCUACUU